AUGUCUGCUACUCGAUCUCCGGAUCUGGCAGAAGAACAUGUCUUGUGUACAGCCUGCCACAGCGCAGCUUCCAACUCAGAUCUCCUGCCGACGCUGAAAAAGGGCACCGAGAAUUUUCGGUCAUAUGCCUCCCUCUCUGAGCUCAAGCUUUCGUCGCUAUCAGGGUGCCAUCUCUGUUCUCUGCUUUUUGGGGUGUUGAGAGGCAGCGACAUUGGUUCUGGAAGUGUACAGGUUAACCUCUUCGUCUCACGAUCAGGAGGGGCCUGGCUAAAAGUCGGGAUUCUCGAUCCGGGGGAAACUCGAGAAAAGAUAAUGGGGGAGCUUUCUGUCUUUAGGAAUUUGGAAGGACGGCUUGACAAUCCGCCCGAGCCCGCUUCGCCUUUUAUGUUUCCAGACCCCAGCAUUUACAGAAAUGCACGAUUGUCCAAGUCUCUCUCCCACGAUGUCUCGGCCGCUCUGGCAAGAGAAUGGCUUAGGCAAUGCGUCACAAGUCAUAAAGAUUGUGCUCUUGCGGCAAAUCUCGCCACCCCUAACCACGGCUACCCGACACGGCUCAUUCAAGUCACCGGAGAUGAGAACCUAAAUCUACGACUCGUCCUCACAGAAAACUUCAGCAAAUCAAAACCGCCCUACCUCACCCUUUCCCACUGCUGGGGAGCGGCCAAAAUCCUCCGACUCCUCCUGGACAACCUCGCCGACUUCCAACACCAGAUCCCAUUCAACCAACUUCCUCCAACCUUCCGCGAGGCAGCAAGAGUCACGCGCCAGCUAGGCCACACACACAUCUGGAUCAACUCCCUCUGCAUCAUCCAAGACUCCAAAGCCGACUGGCGCGACGAAUCCAAGAUCAUGGGCGACAUAUACGCGAAUUCCGUCUGCACCAUCUCCGCCUUGACGGCCCUCUCCUCCGUCCAGGGGUGCUUUGCAGAGAAGAGCCCCGACGGCAAAGAGACCACGCCGCGGAACCCGCUCGCUUUUCGAAUCUGCCAUCUCCCUCACGGGCUUCACGUUGAUUGCCACCAGCGUCUUGACACGAUUUUGCAGAUUGACCGCUCCCCUUUACCGCUGCACGCGCGUGGGUUCUGCAGGAGCGGAUUUUGGGACCCAGGACGGUGUACUACGGCGCCUGGGGUUUGGCUUGGGAGUGUGUAG